AUGUCACUUUGGGUUGAUAAAUAUAGACCAAAAUCAUUGAGCUCGUUGUCACAUUCACCAAUUCUUACAAAGCAGUUGGAUGCUUUAGCAAGUUCGGCAAAAGACUUGCCCCAUGUCUUGUUUUAUGGACCUGAUGGCAGCGGUAAGAAGACGCGGUGCAUGUCCUUAUUGGCUGGUAUUUUUGGGAGUGGUGUAUUUAAAAUGAAGAUCGAUGCUAGACAAUUUGUUAUGCAAUCAAAUAAUAGGAAGCUUGAGUUGAAUGUGAUCAGCAGUCCGUAUCAUCUAGAGAUCACGCCUAGCGAUAUGGGGAAUAAUGAUCGGGUUGUUAUCCAAGAGUUGUUGAAGGAGGUAGCACAAAUGGAGCAGGUUGAUUUCCAGACGACGUCUGAUGGGCUGGCUAGAAGGUACAAAUGUAUUGUUAUAAAUGAAGCGGAUGCUCUUACGCGUGAUGCCCAAGCAGCGUUGAGGCGUACAAUGGAGAAAUAUUCGAGAAACAUAAGAAUUUUUAUGCUAUGUGAUUCUAUGUCCAAUAUAAUAGCACCAAUUAAGUCUCGUUGUCUGGUAGUUCGUGUUCCUGCACCUCAAACUUUGGAGAUGGCCAAAAUUAUGGAGACUGUUUGUAUGUCGGAGGGCGUAACGGCUAGCGAGCAAAAGCUCCAGGAGAUUGCUGAAUUUUCCAAUGGCAAUUUACGGUUAGCGCUAUUGACUUUAGAGUCUAUGUGUUUCCAGAACGACCUUAAAUUAACGGAUUCUGCUGUACUGAUCAAACCUGACUGGAUGGUGGUGAUCCUGAAGCUAGCGAAUAAAAUCUUAAAAGAACGUAGCGUUGGUAGUUUGGUGGAAUGCCGUGCUAUAUUAUAUGACUUGCUUUCGCAUUGCAUUCCUCCAAACAUAAUUCUACAUGAGUUGGUCUUUGGAUUGUUGAAGAGUAUUUCCUCCACUCAGAUGAAACUAGCGGUGAUUGAGUGGGGCAGCGUUUUUGAUGAAAGAUUAGCGCUUAGUAGCAAAGCUAUUUACCAUUUAGAAGGAUUUUUGGUUAGGAUCAUGUGUGUUAUUGAUAAUAGCUUGUAA